CUAUAAAACCCUAAUCCGCCGUUUCUUCUCUGAGAAUAAAAAUACUCUUUCAGCAUAUCCCCACCACCUCGCCAAUCUUCCUUUUACGUUUCGUUCCUUCCCCUCUCUUAGUAACAGUCGUUUCGGCCGGGUUAGAGAAACAAAUUAAAAGACUUAUACUAGCAAAGAAUCUAUAUUCAUCGAAUACUAAUAAUUUUUUGUUUGUUGUUUACGGCCUAUCGAACGGGUGUUACGUUAUAGAGAAGAGUUGGUCAUCGAUCAUGGGGUUCCUACACAAACUUUGGGACGAAACGCUGGCCGGGCCCAUGCCGGAAACCGGCCUCGGAAAACUACGAAAGUAUGAUUCGUUUUCAUCCACACGAUCAUCGCCUGCUCCUGUUGUUGAUGGUAAUAAUAAGAUGAUGAUAACUAGGAGCAUUACGAUUCUUAAGAGUAACUCUGGUUUUAGAAACCUAUCGGUGGAGCCGAGUUCAACUCCGGAUUCUCCUUCGGGGUCGAGCACUCCUGGGACUCCUUUCUCACCGGGGACACCACGUGGGGAUUUCAGGAGAUUCACGAGGAGGAAAUCGUCGGCUGAAGCGCUGGAAUCCGAUGAGUCUAGAAGUCCGACCGUUUACGACUGGAUUGUGAUAAGUGCUUUGGAUCGUUGAGAGAGGAAUAGGCGAUUUUUCUUUUGAAGAAUCAGCAUCGAAGACGCUUUUGUACAUAGAGAAACUUUGAUGGAUAUUUCAUUAUACAUAUAUCAAUAGCCUAUAUAUAGCUAAUAAAUAAGUUGGUUACAACAAAAAGACGGAUUGGGUGAUGGUGAACAAUCGCAACCGAUUGAGAAAAUCACUGCUUCUUGGAGUUUCCGAGAGAGGAAAGACGUAGGGGAUCAGCUGUUUUGUGCAUAAUCCUUCUGGCUACCUAGAGAUUCUUUUUCCUUCAAGUUUUUGUACAUAUGAUUUUCCUUUUCUUGUUUUUGUUUCUUGGCUUUGUUUUGUGUACAUAUGGAUCCUCUUUCAAUGAAACUCGUUUGCAGCUUAUUAUAA